AUGGCUCACAUCGCAACCUGUAUGCUCGGUGUCGAAGGCGAGCCCACCACUCUGCCGUAUAUAGCCAAGCCGGCCUCCCCACUACCUCCCUCAGAACCAACACAACUGCCACCGCCACCGCCGACAGCGGACCACAAACCCUUUGUGUGGAGGAUGCACCAGCCAGAGUCUCGGAAGUACCAGCUCUUCCCCAAAGAUCGUCAGCACCGGCCGUCAGGAAAGAGCCUCGACCCCGAGCAAGCAUUCGCCCUCGCCAUGGGACAGAACGAAAAGACAGAAAAGCCCUGCAGCAGCAGCGGCUCCCUUCGGCUACGCAUCAAGGAGCACAACCUCAUUAGACGGCGCAAAGUGAGCAUUCCCGAGCUGGGCCCAAUGACAACAGUCCAGGAGGUUCCCAUGGAUUCACCCACCAUUCCGGGACGACCACCUCUGCACGAGAGGUCCGUCAGCGCCCCUGGUCAUCACAUCAAGCAGCACAAUUCCACUAGUUCCGUCUCGUCCGCCGCCGCUGCCGCCGCCGCCGCCACUGCCGAUAGGUCUGCGUACAUAGAUCACGCUUGCUCCCCGGAACGGCACCAAAGAUCUGCUUCGGAAACCCAGACAGCUCGCCAACCUGCCUCGCCGAAGCAGCUGGCCCCUCUCGUCAUCCCUACUCACAUCGGCAAUGUGCCUCGCCUGGCCAGACAAACCUCACACAGUCGCAUGCGAUCAGGCGGCUCUAGUCAGGAUAUCGGCCAGCUUUCUGCCCGAACCGACGACUCGUCCAGGUCACAGUCUCGAACCCCCUACACUCCUUUGACGGCUUCCACCGCCCUGACAACGCCGCUGUCAGCCUGCCACAGUGUACAAUCUGCCACUACACCUGUGUCUGCUCCCAUCAUGGAGGCCCGAGACUCCUCCAAGCCAUGGGAGAACAACAGCACACCGAUCGCAAUCACUCCCGGUCAACACAACGAUGACGCCUCGGCUACGCCCGAAACCGAAUCUGCAUCCCGGCCGUUCGUUCACUCGCAUAGGAGGGGACAAUCUGAAUCCGGUAGCAUCAUGGAUCGGGGCCGCCCAAGGAAGCGGAGCGACGCGCGAAACAAUGGCAGUCCUCUUCCCAAGCGAAGCUGCUCGACACGCAACAAGAGCGCCGAGCGUCGGGCUUUCGAGGAGCUCCCGACCGGAUGGCGCGCUGGCGAGGUGGCCAAUUACAUGGGACAACCCGAAUUGGAGGCAUUACAAAAGCAGGCAUUUGGCCAAGCCUCCAGGUUUGAGGUAUUGAAGAAGGAUGACGUCGAGAUGCUUUCGAAGGAACUCCGCCAGCUCGACGAACGAACUGAGUACCUUCGUCGCACCUACACCUCUUUGCGCGCUGGCCGGCGCAACCUGCACUCUCGCAUGUGUCAAUACCUCCGCUCUCCUCGGACGGCGAGGUUCAGCACGGACUCGAUGCUGAAGCAAGAGGAAGCUCUCGCUGAGCUCGACACCUCAAUCGAUGACUGGGUCAACAAGCUCGAACAGGCCGAAAACCGCCGGACGCGGGUACGCCAAAAGCUCCUGGAACACGUUGCUGCCGCCGCUACCCUUCCCACUCCGGCGGCAACGGCUGCGAGCGAGUCAUUGCAGCUAGCCAUGGGGAUCCGUUCGCCUCCACCACCGGGCGUUGGGGACAUCUCCACACCCCCCCGGAGCCCCACCAAGAACGCAUUCUCUUCACACGCUGCCAACAGCUCCCCCUCGCCGCAACGAGUCGUCGCGCAGGUCCCCAGUACCAUUGUCGAGCAGCCCGUGGUCGAGGAUACGCCCAGAGCCUUGGCCAACAAGCACGAGUCUGCUUUUAGCCAUCGCCGCAUCGGCAUGGAAAGCAUCCGCAUCUAUGCCGACAGCGACGUGUACGCGCUCUUGGCCGACGUGGAGAACGAAAUCACCAAGAUGAGUGCAGCGGCAAACCUGCCCGAAAGCAAUGCCGCCCUCUCUGAUGAUGAGCGGAAAGAGAUCCAUCGGGCGCGCAGCCACGAGGCUCUCAGCGGCCUUUCGACGGAUGCGAAGAACACCGUCUCAUCUCCCCGCGCACCUUCGCCCCCGGCCAAGGAUAGCCCGGCAGACGGCGAGGCUAUCUUCCUCACCAGUGCCGUAUUCCGAGGCUGA